AUGACCGACAUUUUCAAAGUACCUGGUGGUUGGGAUAAUCAUUAUCAUUCUCAUAAAAGGGCGCACUCAAUCUAUAGUGACAAUAGCAGCAAAAGUGAUUUCAGUUUUGAUAGAAAGUCGAUUCUCACCAGUGACUCUACAUCAACAUAUUCAGCAGAAUCAAUUGGUUACAAGAAUUUCAUGAUCAUGGCCAAAGGGAAAAAUCCUAGCAAUAAUAAUAAGAGUGCCAAUACCAACAAUAAGAAUUCUGCUCCAAAAAAGAAGCAGAAACCAAUUACCGUUCGUAUUGAAAACGAUCGUGACCAAAGUGCCUACCAGUUCCCUUAUGAAUAUACUAACACCUGGUCUGGAUUCCAACAGCUGUUGAGGGACGCUUUCCCUAGAUACCGUCAAUUGAUUUCAAAAGGCGAGUUGGUAAUUAUUAACAAGAACGAAGAGUGUGCUUUCAUCCCUCAACACUACAAUACUUUUGUUAAACCAGGACAAGAAUUAUUCGUUAAAUUUCAACGUCAGCCAAAAAACCAAUUUUACAUGAAGGAGUACGAACGUGGUAGCAAUUACGAAAGCGAUGAAAUCAGUUCAGACGAUGAAUAUAAUCCAGACCACCCAAGGCUGCCACGCAAGUCAAAUAAGCCAAAAAAGAAAUCUUCAGCAACUCACAGAAUUGUUAACUGGUUAACUGAGUGA